AUGGUUGGAACUACAACAUCUGCUGCCGCCAAUGCAGCUAAGCAAGCUGCCUCGAAGAUGCACCGUCGGUCACGAACAGGGUGCUUCACAUGUCGUCUGCGACGAAAGAAGUGUGAUGAGGGAAAGGGUGCCUGCCGCGCCUGCAAACACCUUGGUCUCAAGUGUGAAUAUAAGCGACCAGUAUGGUGGAGCAACAACGAGCAGAGGAGAAACCAAAAGGAAGUAAUCAAGAACAUCAUCAAGCGCACAAAAUUGAACGAGAAGACCGCCCAAGGAGUUACCAACACACCGCCCAGUCUCUGCCACUCAAUGCAGACAUCUGAUACAUACUCAGAUGGGAUCGCCUGCACUCGCGCACAGUCUGUCGACUCUCAGAACUCCCUGGAAUACAACUUCAACACAGUGACACCACCUGAUUACUACAACGUAGCAAUGCCACCGCCAAUGUUCGCUCCUGUUUACCAACAUCCUGGUCAGUUUGCGCCUUACGAGAUCGAUAUCAAGACCGAGAGCCAGAUGUUCAUCAACGACAUUCCCACUCGCAGGGAUUCGUCAUUCUCGACCUUCAGUCACUACCAGACACCACCAGCUGUGAACGGCUUCCCCACCGACAACUGGAUCCAGCAGGACUACUUCGAGAGCCACCGUGAGGCCUUCGCAGACGAGCCGCUUGACUUCUGCAGCACUUUCGACUUCCCUACUCACGGCGCCUUCAGCCCGUCUCACCAGCCCAUGGUCCAAGUCGACGAGAGCGAGCAGCACCUGCUCACUCACUUUGUCGACAAUGUCAUGCGCAUGGUCUACCCCGUCCUCGAGGCCAAUCAGCCUGGAUCUGCGCGCAACAAGGUCAUUCUGCCAGCGCUGGAGUCCAACAGGGCUUAUCUGCACGCCUGCCUGAGCGUUUCCGCCCUGCACAUGAAGACCACCCAGGGCCUUCAAGGAGAGGAGAUCGACAACGAUGUCUACAGGAACCGUUUCGCCGCUGUCCAGCAGCUCACAGACUCCCUUAUGGGCGACCGUGACCACGCGGAGACCCUCGAGGCUACUCUCGGAAUGAUCUUCUUCCCUUGCUCAGUUGGCCGCUUUGACGAUGCAUUGGUCGAUAUCCCCUGGCACCAGCACUUCCAGGCUGUCCAGAGUCUUGUUCACAAGCUCGAUCUCCCAUCUCAGCUUGUUGCACUGAACGGCCAGCAGCAGGCUCAACCUCCAUUCAACAUGACCCUCGCAUCGUGGAUCGACAUUCUCGGCGCAACCAUGCUCGGCAGGACGCCUUCCUUUGCUGACACCUACCGCGAGAAGCUCAUCGCUGAUGCGCCUUCUGGUCUGGCUGAGCUCAUGGGUUGCGAGGACCGCAUCAUGUACUUGAUCUCCGAGAUUGCUUGCCUCGACGCGCUGAAGCAGGAGGGCAUGGACGAUGUCCAGCUCUGCCAGCACAUCCAGCUGCUCGGCGAGCAAAUCAGCUUGACUGAGCCACCGGUUGGCUCAAACAACAGCGCGCUCUCCUCCACAGGCGAGAUCCUUCCCAAGCAGCUCCGCCGCAACAUGACCGCAGUCUACCGCCUGGCGGCUCGCAUCUACCUCUGCAGCUUAGUCCCCGACUUCGAUCGCACCCAGCCUAUCAACGCAAACCUGGUCAGCGCGCUUAGCAAGGCCAUGGACUACAUCCCCGCUGGGUCCGAGGGCUUUGACCGCUCUCUUGUCUGGCCCCUGCUUGUUGCAGGCACAGUCUCUCUUCCCAACUCUUCUUUCCGCAAGAUGUUCUCCGAGCGCACUGCUCGCCUCGGCGAUGCUUCCAACUCGGGUUCCUUCGGAAGGAUGAAGGCGCUUCUCAACGAGGUGUGGUCGGUCAACGACUACAACCUCUCCAAAGGCAUCAAACAGAGUGUCCACUGGCGGGACACGAUGCAACAGAAGGGCUGGGAUUUCUUGCUCAUCUGA